AUGGUGAUGAAUUCCUCUCCGGCAAAAGGUGUCUUGGUCUUGCCUUCACCACUAGCACAGUCAAAUAUUCAAUCACUUCUGGAUGAAUAUGGCUUAGAGUACACGCCAGACGGGCAGUUCAUUCGCUGGUCAGCCUCGAACAAGGAGCAUCCCCGGAACUGGCCUCUGCCCCGAAAGAUAUUUGAUAGUAGUCUAAUCAUCUUUCUCGAUCUUUUUACGACAGCGAUCAGUACUGCUGGUAGCUCGGCCGCCAAUUCUUCUCACGAUGAAUUUGGAAUCGGACAGACGUUGGCCAUAUUUCUCUUUGUCUCGAUGUCAGUUUAUUACCUACUAUAUUUGCCAGUGGUUGGCUCUCUUAACUCAGUUUCUCGCAGCUAUCUCAUUGGGCAAAUGGUCGGUGGGAUCAUUUUUCCGCCCUACUCGGAAGCAUUCGGUCGCAAGAAGUUGUAUAUUGCCAGCACAGCUUUCUAUGCCAUAUUUUGCGUUGUAAUUGGUGUUGCUCCCUCUCUGGCUGUGGUGACAAUUGGUCGCUUCUUCUCGGGCUUUCUUUCAGCCAUUCCCAGUAUCAUCGUGGCAGGGAGUAUUGAAGACAUGUUCAACUCAAGAGACCGUGUCUGGCUUAUCUUCAUGUGGGCUAUGGUUGCAAAUAUGGGCCUCGCUUUAGGACCUAUCAUGAGUACUUACAUCACUGCACACCUAGGAUGGAACUGGGUUUUCUACGUUGCUGCAAUUGUUAAUGCUGUGGUCACUGUGCUUCUCUUCGGCCUGCGAGAAUCAAGGCCGUCUUUGCUUCUCAGGCGACAGGUGGCCAGAUUACGCAAAGAAAGCGGUAUUGAUACCCUUAGAGAAUUGAAUCCGGAUCAUGCGCCCGAUAUAAAGACCUUUGCCCGUCUGGCUCUCUUCCGCCCUUUGCAACUGUUGUUCACAGAGCCCAUUGUUUUUAUGGUCUCACUGAUGAGUGCAGUCGCUUUUGCUCUGAUUUAUCUCUUUACAGAAGCGCUGCCUCUUGUGUAUCAAUCCAUGGGCUUCUCAAGCACAUCGUCUGUUUUACCAUUCCUGGGAAUUUGCGUUGGUCUUGUCUUAGGGUUACUUACUCGGAUUCAAGAUUACCGUGUAAUUGUCAACUAUGAACAGCAAGGUAUACCACUUGAACCGGAGCACAAGCUCGUUGGCUUCUCCAUUGGCGCCCCCAUGCUGGCAGCUGGACUCUGGUGGUUCGCUUGGACCAUCCCACCUCUUGUCACCCAUGUUCACUGGAUAGUUUCCACUGUCUCUUUAGUCCUCAUCGGCUAUGCAUUGAACGAGUUUGAUGCAGUACUUGCUGGCUAUCUCGCUGAUAGUUACUUGAGCUAUGCCUCAAGCGGCUUUGCAGCCUUGGCCCUCCUGCGUGCUUCGUUAUCGGCCGCUUUCCCGCUGUUUGCCACACAAAUGUUUAAUGGAUUGGGUGCAAAUGUUGCAUCAUCAAUUCUUGCAGCAUUGGCAACACUAUUCUGUGUUGUGCCCCCAUUCUUCACCAAAUAUGGUCGGCAGAUUCGGGCUCGAAGUAAAUUCGCAAAAUAUAGUUUGAAGGUCUACCAGGAAAAUACCGUUGAAAAAAACGGUUAUUAA